AUGAGAUUGAAACAAGUGUUUCCUAGCUUGGUAAGUGAUGCUCAUGCUGCCUUUGUGAGUGGGAGAUCAUUAAUUCAUAAUGUCCUCAUAUGUCAUGACUUAAUGAAGCGCUAUAAUAGAAAAAGCACUCCAAAAUGCCUUAUGAAAAUUGAUCUAAGGAAAGCAUAUGAUAUGUUGCAAUGGGAUUUUUUGGAGGAAAUGCUACAUGGAUAUGGUUUUCCAGAGAAGUUUGUCCAGCUGGUUAUGCUAUGUGUAGCUACUACUAAAUUCUCUAUAAAGGUGAAUGGGUCCAGUUAUCGUUACUUUGAAGAUGAUUUAAUGAUUUUCUGCAAGGCAAAUGAAGCAUCUGUCAAGAGAGUUAUGGAAGCACAAGAACAUUUUACAGCAACAACAGGGCUGAUUGCUAACAUAGACAAGUCUAGUAUGUUCACUGCAGGGGUAGAUGAUGAGAUGAAAAGCAAGCUACUGAGUAUCACUGGCUUUGAAUCAGGAACUUUUCCUAUUAGGUAUUUGGGAUUGCCCUUAUCACGUAAGAAGUGGAAUAAUCUUGAAUGCCAUCAACUCUGUCUAAAAAUAGCUGAAAGAAUAAGAGCAGCAGCCCAUAGACAUUUUUCAUAUGCUGGCAGACUGCAGAUUAUACAAUUUGUAUUAUUUUCUGUCCACAAUUUUUGGGGUGGAGUAUUCAUUCUACCUCAAAGUGUAGUAAAAGAGGUUGAUAAGGUAUGCAGAGACUUCUUAUGGGGAAACUCUGAGGAGAAAAGAAAGAUUCAUCUAGUUGCUUGGGAGAAACUAUGCAGACCAAAAGGUCAAGGAGGCCUAAAUAUCAAAUGUUGUAAAGUGUGGAACAUGGCUUCUAUGGGAAAACUCAUUUGGUGGUUAAUGGAAAGACCUAAUAUAUUGUGGGUAAAAUGGAUCCAUGGAAUAUAUAUGAACAAUGGAGAUGAUUUCAAGACUCAUACUCCUUCUUCUGACUGUAGUUGGUAUUGGAAGAGAUUGCACAAAAUAAAGCAUAAAAUGAUUACAUGGUACUCAAAUGGUCGUUAUUGCUUAACUAUAUUAGGGAAGUACUCAGUGGUGAGAGGGUAG